AGGUCAUCGGGCUUCCUAUAAGCCUGCAAACGGACCGUUUCGUAGAAUUGGGCGAGCAAGGAGGAUCAACGAUUACCAUCAAAGAGGUGCAGGGGGAGUCAUUUGUGGGAUCUGGGUAUUCCCCGUUCAUCAAUGUAACCGUGCCAGAUGUCAAUGAGGUGGUGACGGCUGCCAUGAUGGGGGGUGCGCAAAUGGACGGACCUAUCAAACACCAACUGUACGGCAAGGUAGCCUCUAUACGAUCUCCAGACGGCCAGAUGAUUGGGUUGUACGAGCCAGCCGAAACUACCGGUUGAAUUCGUGGAUAUAAAUGUACGCAGCCAACACAAAGUGACACCAACGACUCAGAUUCGGGGUGCGAUCGCAAGUGACCGCGUUGUCGAGCUGUUGGGGGGGCAGUUGUAGAAGAGGUUUCUGUGCAGCUACGACCAAGCUAAUGUAUUGUAACAGAAGCUUCUUAGGAAAGUAGUGCAACAGAAGCUCCUUGCGAAAGUAGUGCAACAGAAGCGUCUUGGUGUGCUCGCCAGUGCAUAUAUUGGUCGAGUCAGUCGGUGACGAAUGCGUUAUGUGCCAACAGAUUCAAUCUCAGCACGGCACUGAUGGAUAGGCCACACCGCUGAUGUUAAUCACCGAUUCCGUGUAGAAACCGUUUUGGAAUCCCGGAUAUCGGGUGGUAAUAUCCGUAGGCAAGUGUGGCGUAUCUGAGAUAGACGAGAUGGCCACAUUUUAGGGUGUGCAAUUGGUAGAGGGUAAAUUCGGAGUUGAGGUCUCAUAGUUGCCCUAUGUAUGGCGUAGUGCGAGGACCAAGCAGUGUAUGGCUUAUGAACUGUAAAUCUGGGAUGAGAGUUCAUUACCUAUUCUAUCGGUUUGCUGUAUUAAAAUCUCGCCACUAUCGCUACGGAUCAAAAUUGCCGGUAGUAAACCGAAC